AUGCACUACAAGGGUGUAUCGACGGAGUGGUGGGCAGAGGCAGUGAGUACUGCAGUGUACUUGACGAACCGAUCUACGAACAGCCUGCACCCAACGAGAACUUUGUACGAACUGGUGUACCAGUCGCGACCUCGUCUGGAUCACUUACGAGUGUUCGGGUCGAUGGGAUAUGCCCAUGUCGACAAGACGAAGCGCACCAAAUUGGAACCGAAAAGCUUCAAAUGUCUUUUCCUUGGGUACGCCGAUGACUCGAAGGGCUACCGAGUGUUUGACUUGGAGUCGAACAAAGUGAAGAUGUCCAGAUCGGUGAGGCUAGAAGAACGCGAGGUGGACGGAAUAUACGACACAACGCCCAACGAGGACUCGGUGACGAUACUAGUGUCGAAGGACGACGACGUUGCAGCUAUACCAGAUGCCAACGAGCACUCAACCGAGGAUGUACCAAUGGAAAUACCAGAGCGAGAUGUCGAGGAAGCGGAUAUGCCAGAGGCGGAUAUGCCAGGAGACGAGUUGACCACCUACCGAGGGCUCGGUAGACCCAUGAGCGAGAGCAUGGUCUUCCGCCCGGAGCCAAGACGUGCCCAGCGUGCACGAGAGCCUUCGCGACCUCGUCUGGAUCACUUACGAGUGUUCGGGUCGAUGGGAUAUGCCCAUGUCGACAAGACGAAGCGCACCAAAUUGGAACCGAAAAGCUUCAAAUGUCUUUUCCUUGGGUACGCCGAUGACUCGAAGGGCUACCGAGUGUUUGACUUGGAGUCGAACAAAGUGAAGAUGUCCAGAUCGGUGAGGCUAGAAGAACGCGAGGUGGACGGAAUAUACGACACAACGCCCAACGAGGACUCGGUGACGAUACUAGUGUCGAAGGACGACGACGUUGCAGCUAUACCAGAUGCCAACGAGCACUCAACCGAGGAUGUACCAAUGGAAAUACCAGAGCGAGAUGUCGAGGAAGCGGAUAUGCCAGAGGCGGAUAUGCCAGGAGACGAGUUGACCACCUACCGAGGGCUCGGUAGACCCAUGAGCGAGAGCAUGGUCUUCCGCCCGGAGCCAAGACGUGCCCAGCGUGCACGAGAGCCUGUUCUACUACUCGUCGACGGCUCGACGAACGACGACAAGUCCAAGGUGAACGGCGACGAUGACCCCAACCACGACGACCACUUCUGGCCACCGUUUCCAAAGCGGCCGAGGGUCGAUGAGGACUGCCUAUUGGCUGAGGCUGUGCUGGAAUAUCCAGCGAGCGUUGGUGAUGCCAAUGACGCGCCCACGACAUAUCAAAGGCUAUGCAGAGCAGCGAGGCCUCGCAGUGGGUCAAAGCCACGAACGCGGAACUGA